AUGGAUUCAAAUUCUAAUAAUAAAGACGACACACUGAAAAAGGAUGACGUAAAGGAGCGUUUUAUAGAGGAAGUGGGGAAAUUCGAUUACAUUCGUUUAAGUUUCCCAGAUCUUAAUGGGAUACACCUCAGCAAGCUAUUAUCUACGCGAUUUGCGAGGAAGAUUGCAAAAGGAGAGAGUGAAGUCUACUCAGGAGCAAUAACAGGCGGUCCUCGAGGUGAAGUAUUCGACGUGCCAGAGAUAAUAAAGAGAAAACACGUAAACAGUAAACUUAAACCUGAUUUUUCGACUUUACAUCCAUGCUACUGGAUUUCAAAUGGAAAAGCUCAACAUUCUCAUAAUAAUAACACUGAUAAUGAUGAUAAUCCUAGAACUAGAAAAUAUUCCAUUUGUGCAGUUUUGUGUGAUUUAGCCUGGCCAAAUAAUGAACCAAUGAAAACUCAUCCAAGAGUUGCAGUAAAAAAGCUUAUUGAUGAACUCCAAACUAAGUACAAUUUACGUUUAUUUUCUGCUUUUGAACCUGAAUUUAGAGCUUUUCAAAAGGGCACAUUUGAAACAACAUGCCUAAAGCCUACAAAACAGUUUGGUGAUAUAUACAGGACAAGCCUACUAUCAGUCUAUGAAGACUUUUUCAUUGAUAUUGAUCACAACAUGAAACUUGCUAACGUUGACAUUCAAGAUUAUAGUAAUGAGGACGGAGAAGGACAGUUAGAAUCUCCACUGGUACCAUCUUGGGGACUAUCCGCCGCAGAUAAUUAUUUUAUACUGAAACAAGCUAUUAAAGAAAUAGGUGAAAAACACAAUAUGGAGAUUUCAUUUAUGACUAAGCCCUUGUUGAACGCUAGUUCCAGUGGAUGUCAUUACAAUCAUUCGCUGUGGUAUGCCGAUACUGGUCGGAAUGCAUUUUAUGAUAAUGCAGAUCCUGAUGGUUUAUCUGUGACUGCCCGCCACUGGAUCGGCGGCCUUAUAGAACACCUGCCGGCGAUGUUAGCUAUUUGUUCACCAACCAUUAACUGUUAUAGAAGACUAAAUAAGUUUUUUGCACCGGGUGCUGUAAACUGGGACUUCCGUGACAGGUUUGUGGCAAUUCGCGUUAAAAACUUUGAUGAAAAGAACACUUAUAUUGAAAACCGUAUUCCAUCAUCUGCUUCUUGUCCCUAUCAUGUUCUUGCCGCUACAUUAGCGGCUGGUAUGGAUGGCUUAGACCGUCAGCUUGAGCCGCCACCUCCUGGCCAGAAACCAUCAGAAAGUAAAAAUGGGAACCACGUGAAAUUGCUCCCAAGUAGCUUUCAGGAAGCCCUACAAAAUUUGAAGGAAGAUGAGAUAUUUACAAAGAAGCUGGGGAAAGACUUUUUGAAUGGUAUACUCUCGUGA